GAAGGUGCCGGAGAUGGGGCGGCCGCCGUGCUGCGACAAGGCGAACGUGAAGAAGGGGCCGUGGACGCCGGAGGAGGACGCCAAGCUGCUGGCGUACACCUCCAACCAUGGGACCGGCAACUGGACCUCCGUUCCCCAGAGGGCAGGGUUGAAGCGGUGCGGGAAGAGCUGCAGGCUGAGGUACACCAACUACCUGAGGCCAAACCUGAAGCAUGAGAACUUCACGCAGGAGGAGGAGGACCUCAUCGUCACCCUCCACUCCAUGCUCGGAAGCAGGUGGUCUCUGAUCGCGAACCAGCUGCCGGGGCGGACGGACAACGACGUGAAGAACUACUGGAACACCAAGCUUAGCAAGAAGCUGCGGCAGCGGGGCAUCGACCCCAUCACCCACCGCCCCAUCACCGAACUCAUGCAGAGCAUCGGCACCCUCGCCAUCCGCCCUCCGCCCACCGCCGCCGGCGCCUCCUCUGUGGCUCCCCUGCAGACUAUGGGAGUGGCGUCCAGGACCGGCCCUGCUGCGGCGGCGGGUAAGCGGGCCUGCACCAAGAACAUACGCUACGCAUAAGGAGAAUGGGCCGUG